GCAUUUAGAAUAAGCAUGGCGGUCCCUGUAAACAACAGCUCCGGUUGUUGGAAAGUUCCUGACGUUCACAAACAUCACGAACAGCAGAAAGUUUGCAUUUCUCGACCAAAGUAUCGAGAAGGAAGAAGAGCUAAAGCGGUUAAGGUGUACACCAUUAACCUAGAGUCCCGUUUCCUGAUGGUACUGGGAGUCCCAGCUAUCGGUGUGAUGACGGAGCUGGUCCAGCUGUGUGCCCUAUAUGGUGUUGUGGAGGAGUACAGACCUCUGGACGAGUAUCCGGCUGAGGAGUUUACAGAAGUCUACCUCAUCAAGUUCCAGAAGCUAACCAGCGCCAGAGCAGCCAAACGCAACAUGGAUGAGAAAAGCUUCUACGGCGGUGUGCUGCAUGUGUGUUACGUCCCAGAGUAUGAGACUGUAGAAGACACCAGGCUAAAGCUACAGGACCGGAGGGGUUAUGUUAUGAGAGCAGCUCGGAGCAGAGCAAAAGCGGCGCACAGCGAAGGCUCCGCAUCAUCGACGACUGCAUCAGACAUAAACGUCAGACACGAUCAAACCUCUAAAAAAGAAUGUGCAGAGGAUGCUUCAAACCACAGCCAACAUGCAGAAUUCCCUCCUCUCCCAUUACCUCCAUGGGAGCAGCAUCCCUUUGGACAUAACAGUCCACAUGGGAUCUGCGCACAGGAGGACAAAAUGGGAACUUUACAUGAUGCCAUCAUAAACUUGAAACAGCCCCAAGUGGAAAAGUUAAGCGUUAACCAAGCCUCAGAGAGAGACCACGACACAGAACACAGACUGACCUCAGAUCAGGCUUCAGCAUUCAGGUUUCUCCCAAGGUCCUCGCACUUGGAGAUCAGGAAACGCAGAAUGGAAGAGGCUUCCGAGCAGUCGGCAAGUGUUUCUGGAGGAACCGAGACCCUGAUUGGACCGAAAUUACCAGAACCACCUAAACUGGACAUGAAUGAUGACUCGUUGAACACAACUGCCAGCCUGAUCAGGAACACAAUGAAACAGGUGGGAUCUGCUCCGGGUUUCAAAGCUGUUGAGAAAAAGACAAAACCACGUCGUCGGAUAUGAUCUGGACAGGUGUCUAGAUGGGAGUCUUGGAAGAAAACCGACGCUCCCACUGCUUCGGAAAACUGUUUAUCUCAUCGGCUGUUGUAUGCUAUGAUACCAACCUGUAUAAAAAAGGUUAAAAAAACAGCUAUUAUGUAAAGAGUGCACAAAUUUACAUUUAGAAAGCUAAAGAAAUACUAAUACUGUGUUUCCUAUGUGCAUGUUGCCGUGGCGCGCCACUACGGCAAAAUAAAAGCUGCCACACCUUCAGAAGUAAACAAAAAAAAAAACUUCAAACAACGUACCUUCAGAAACAUUUUUUUUGGAUAUACAUUAAAACAAUAACGAGACAUAUAUAGUCUAUAUUUGUGCAUGUGUACUAACCAUAGUCACAGUUUAAAAUAAAUUUUAUUGCAACAAAACUUUAAACUGCAGUUCAAAAAGAUCUACCGACCGCUAAAUUAGCGAGGGCGCACCGGUGUGGUGAAGUCACCAGAGGACAAAACAGGUGAUGCGCUUCGCUCCGCAGCAGCAAAACGCAUCGGGCACAAAUAAAAGACAGGAAGCAUAAAAAGGACACGAGUCGACAUAAACAAUCGUGUGUUAUACGUGGAGACACUGAGAAUGUUACUGUCGCCGUGCUCAGGACACCGCUCUGGUGCGCGCCAACCAUCAGGAGGUGAGCGAAGGAGAGACAAGUGGAGAGGCAGAACAAGGACCAGCAUGCAUAAGUGAGCAUGAUGAGGGAGAGAGCAGCAGGGAAGCGGUAAGAGGGAAGAAAAAAGUCAGCACGGAGAAUCUGGCUGGGACCCAAAAUGGACAGAAAUCAAGUUCCGCCCAUGGCUGUAAUCAAGGUGGGAAUCAAGCAAUACAAAUUAUUUCAAGGUAAAUAUAUUUUUAAAUUUUUUUAUUUAAUUGUAAUUAAACAAUAAGCUGAUUUACACACCUGCGAUGGACUGGCUCUCUGUUCAGGGUGGCACCAGCCCCCAACCCCCCACCCCCGCGACCCUACAUGGACAAAGCGGGUUCAGACAAUGGAUGGAUGGAUGUUUUACACACACCUGCAGGAAUGUUCAUCGAAAAGCAUACUGCUCGUGUCUCAGAGCGACCGUCUCCGCACGUCUCUCCACCACGGUUUAUCAAAAUCGUAGAGGAAACCCUGAGCAUGUUAUUUUAUCUCACACUGUCAAUAUUUUAACUGCUAAAACUUUCUGCAUAUUAGGAAAAUCUUGAAAUCCUUCACAUGGGUGCAAAUUUACCACCAAACAAAUAAAAUGGUCACAAAAACAUUAGAACAGUACUAAUUAAAGAAAAAUAACAGCCCAAAAUAGACUUUUACAAAAACAACAAUUAUAUUAUCAUCAAUAUAUAUGUGUAUGUGUAUAAAUAUAUAAUACAUAUGUGUAUGUAUGUAUAUA